AUGCUGCUCAAGAUUCAGUACUCGGAUAAGUCACGGGGGGCAGACGGACCGGCCGAAUAUGGCAUGAUUGAAAUUCAAGCAGAGAUAAAGUCCAAUCAGUUGGCUUUCGAUGGUACACAGAUCGGAGACUUUGAGAUCCUGGAUAAUGGCAAAGCAACCCUUUCGGUUGGGCCUCAAAAGAUCCUCGGGAAGGUCAAGGACCUCGAUACGCCAUACGCAGUCACGAAGAAGAUACUAGGCGAAGAUGGGAAGUGCAUUGGGUUCGAAGUGGUAGCAAUCAUCCGCAAGAAAUUCCUAUUUGUAGAGCGACCUAUCGCACUGAUCAGUAGAGACAAGAUUGGCGCCAGCACAUUGAAAAAGAGGAAAGCGCAUUGAGCUAGGCUUGCCAAACCCCCCACUCCCACCCGAAGUUCUAACCAAAACUAUAGGCGAGCAAGACUAUGCACGUGGCAAGACUGUAGCAUUUCCUAACCAUCAGUCGCUGCUACCAAGUCAUCGAUAUCCCAAUCCUGCAAUAUGCUUUUCGCAUAGUGGAUCCUCUCCCCCUAUCCCG